AUGGGAACGGGUUUGGGCCGGACGGGUGAGACCGACGCGAAGAAUGACGUGUUGCCGUUGUUGCCCUUGUCCGAGACUCCUAGCGUCGUUGAGCUGUGUGUAAGCCCAUCCACACUUUCGCCAAAUGCAACUCACGAGCCUCUUCCAUCCAUCGGGGAAGCCGUUGCGGAUAUUCAUGGUCUGCUCAUUGUCAAGUUCGUCCAUGUGGCUGGCGAGAAAGUCGACGAUGAGCUCGCGCACUUUGAUGGGCAGAUCACCGUUCCAGACGUGCAUCGCGGUCAUGUGCAGGUCGAGGUCUCGAAUGUCUUCGAGGCGCUGCAUGUGGCGGGGGAGCCGGGAGUCGGUAUGAAGGUCGUCCUCCGCUGGCUUCGGCACCCAGUCGAGCCAAUUAUCUGCACAACCAGUCACGGCGUACUCCACGAGGGCGCGAGUGAACUGCACCUCGUGAUGCUGUGGCGGUGUAACCCGGCUCAGGACAACGGCAGCGGCGGCGACACCACAUUCCACAGCCUGGGCUCCAGCGACCUUUCGUCAACCUCCGCGGCCGAAGCGGCGUUCGCGUCUAUCCUCCGUCAGUCUGGCAAUGAUCCACGCUUCUUCGGCCCCUUCGCCCAAGCGGGGCUGUCGGUGCCUACAGUCCUCGAUAGGCCCCUUAAUGGUCUCUCGUUCAACAACAGCGGCGGCUCGGGCGCGUCGCAGACUUCGCCUCCCUCGACGAGCGAACCCCCGCAGGACCUGGACGCUGGCAGCAAGAUCGACAUCGAGACAUAG